CACCCACCUGACAUACUGCAGGAGGAGUACCACUCCCACGUCACCAUGUCACAACACUCCAUAACGUAGUAGCUAGGACGUACAUUCCUGCAACAUGACACCCACAACACUCCACGCUGAAAAGACCCGUUGGAGAGGUGACGGCGCGGCCGAGCGACAGCAGACACAGACAGACAGACAGCUGGGCGGCGUGUCAGCAGAGGCUUUGGUGUUACCCUGCCAGUGCCAGGAGGACAAGUUGGUGAAGCCUGCAAGUGUUCCGUGUCAAGUGUGUCCGGACAUCGCUGCAAUAAUGUUCAGAAGGAAGCUAACGGCUCUGGACUACAUGAACCCAGACAACUUCCACGUGAACGAUGAAAAGAGUUUUCGAGACCUUGUGGUGUGGCUUGAGGACCAGAAGAUCCGUCACUACAAGAUUGAAGACCGAGGAGCCUUGAAGGCUGUGGAGGAGAAAGACUGGGCCACAGGGUAUCGCCGUUAUUUGGGCAGUCUCAAUUGUCCUAUCAAUCCCAAUGAGCGUGCGGCUGUCCUAGAUUGGCUGCUUGGACUGGCGGUGCGCUUUGAAUACGGUGACAAUGUGGACACGUAUAAGAGUGAAACAGCAGAGAAUGUUCGGAACCGGCAGAAGUCAGGUCCGAAGAUGGUCAACACCAACCCUCUGGACGCUCUGGACUUUCAGAGUCCAGAGUUUAGAGAUGGAGUUAACAGACUUGCAAGUCAGCUUGGAGUCACUCAACACCCUGACCACUUGGUGACCCUCAAGGCUAUUAGUAAGUUGAUUACAUCUAGACUCUCAGCGGAGGCCAUGCAGAAUCCCGGUGAAGUGAUUCACCAGGGAAAGGCGUACCCUAUUUUUGAAGCUGACUUGGGGUUUGAGACAGGUGACCCUGUGUUAAAUAAUGCUGGGAAAGCUCUGCGUCUCAUGUACAUCCACGACCUGCGUAACCUCCAGACCCACAUCAAUGAGAGCAUAGUGGCUGUGCAGACAAUUACUGCCAAUCCCAAAACUGAUACAAAGUUGGGCAAAGUGGGACGCUAAUCUUCCUUCUGAGAGCUAUGCUGGUGUAGAAACAAGGAUGCUAUGCUGGUGGUGUUCUCUAUGUAAGGAUGAAGGAAACGAGCAGCUUUAAGGAACAUUGUAAGCUGUUUUCCUGUGGCUUGUAUUGUGUUACUGGAACAUCAUUAUACUUGAGUAAAAAUUAUAAUGGCAUAUGAUUAUGAAAAAUUUUGAUAAAAC